CUCACUUCCUCCUCCGUCACCCGCAGAACCCUAGCCGCCUUCUCCCGCAGAACCUCAGCCGCCUCCUCUCCCUCUCCACCCAGCCGCCCCCUCCUUGACGGCCUCCGCCUUCUCCCUCUCGCCCAGAGCAGGGCAACCCCCCCCCCCCUCUUCUCCGGCCGCCCGAGCACCUCCCCGGGAAGCAGCAUGUUCUCGUGGUGCGGUGGUGCUGCUGGGAAGAAGGAAGAGGUCAGCCACGUCACUGGGGUGCUGGUGGAGCCGCCCCUCCGCGAGAUCCGGCCGCGGAGAGAGCCAUGGUUAGGCGAGGCUGCUGGUGGGGCGAAGAAGCAGGGGAGGCAGGCGACAAGGACGAGAAGCAGCGGGUUGUCGUGGUGCGGUGGUGCUGCUGGGAAGAAGGAGGAGGUUAGCCGCGUCCCUGUGGUGCCGGUGGAGCUGCUCCUCUCAAGCAGGUGCACACACUCUUGUCAUCUUCCUAAUUUCCCUCCUCCUUUCAGUGUAUUUGUUUGUGCACAUUUUGUUUCUGUACGCCUACAAGGUGUUCGAUGAAAGUCUUAGUAGGCUGGAGGGAAGGAGUGCUCUAUGUAACCAUGUGAUUUCA